GGCCAUGAUCUUGGUUUUUUUGAUGUUGAGCUUCAGACCAUAUUUUGCGCUCUCCUCUUUCACCCUCAUUAAAAGGUUCUUUAAUUCCUCCUCGCUUUCUGCCAUCAAGGUUGUGUCAUCUGCAUAUCUGAGGUUGUUGAUAUUUCUUCCGGCAAUCUUAAUUCCGGCUUGGGAUUCAUCUAGUCCAGCCUUUCGCAUGAAAGCAAAAAUAACAAUCCAAUAACCCCCCUCUCCCCCCCAAAAAAGGACCAGCAUUUUUGGUUACUGUACUUGAAAUGUGGUUACUUGAUUUCCCUUUCAGAUAAGAAAAAACUUAACAUGCUGGCUCUUUACACAUUUGUAGAAUCAUGGCUAUUAAAUUAUCUUCAAGAGUUUCUUCAUGUGCAUCUUUAACCAGUGACUCAGCUGACACCUCACAGUAAGCCAAGGGUUGCUAGUGUGGCACCCAUGGGCAAACAUGUGCUAGCAGAGGCCUCCCCCACUUUCCCUGGUGUUUCCUUUUUGGAUGUCAAGUGGAGAGACAGCGGAGAGUGGGAAUAAGAGAAUAGAAGGAGGACAAAGUGUGACAAAACAAGCCAUCGUUCCUUUGGUCACCUGCAGGCCAUUGAACCUGGCCAUUGUGUACAGUGGACAGAACAACAUGGAUACCGGUAAUAAACAAAUGCUAUACUUGUAGAGUAACCAAUUUUACUCUGGAAAUUAGUGCUAGCAUUGGUGGCAACAGCUAGAUAAGUCGAACAUUUAGAACAUUUAGAUGCAGCACAGAAGAUGAAUAAUGAAAUGUUGCAUUACUGUAUAUUCAGCUAAGAAAAAAUAAGAGCAGAAACCCCUUGAGAGGCAAUUGGUAUUUAAUCAAAUAGAAGUCCUAACCAGUGUUUUAAUGCUGGUUGGAUUUUUUUAAAAAAGCAGAGGGAAACUUGAUGAAAUAAUUUCAUCAUCAGUAGCUUAGUAUAGAGCCUAAUUAGACAUUAGUAGAAUGUUGUUUGGCAUGGUUAAAUAUUUCUGAGGUCUACUCAUGGAAAACAUCAAGGCUUUAUUUCAGGCCCCUAAAGUAUAAUGUGGGUGAUCCACUAGCAGAAUGCAGCACCUCUUCAACAGUUGUUGGAUAAACUGGGACUAAGCUCACCUGCAUUGUGCAUGAUCCCAUUCCAGGAGUGCUGAGCAUGAGCAAUAACUGCUCUUUCUUUCCAUUUUUUGUUGGCCAUCUCACAUGGAAGGGGAGGACGUAAGCCAAGCAUCCCAGUUUAGUUCAGAAAGCAUAAGAGUACAUGGUAUAGAGCAGGUGUCCAACAGGUCAAUCGCGAUCUACCUGUCGAUCGUGGGAUGUACCUGGCCGGUCCUAGUCAAUCGUGGGACCCUGAUGCCCCCCCCCCAAGCAAGCAAGCAAACAACAAACUCAACAACUUUGACUGAUCCUACCCCCCAAUAAAAGCUCAACAACUUUGGCUGAUCCUCCCCACCAAAAGCUCAACAACUCCAGUCAUUCCAAUGGGUAGAUCACUGCCAGUUUUUUUAAUAGUGGGAGUAGAUCGCAGUCUCUUGGAAGUUGGACACCCGUGGUAUAGAGAUAUGGAGGACAAGCAUGAGGGCUUUGUGGUUGGUUUUUUUCUUUUUGUUCCAUAGUUGAAGAGUUUGGGUUCAUCACUGUGGAAAGCUUGUAAUCUUAGUCACUAUGACACUUGGAAAGUGUUUCAUGAUUCAUUACUCAAUCCUUUCUUUUUGACACAUCAUUGACUAUUCAGAUGUUACUAAGAAUCUGAACACAUGAUGGAUGCAUAAGAUAAUGCAACACAGGGCUGGCCCUUCUGAGCUGCCCUCUCAUUGAAUUGCUGAUACUCUUCCACAAACAUAGUCAAAGCAAUUGUAACUGGCUGGUUGUGUUUACCUAUUCACAACAUCACUGCUUAUCUUGUUAGAUGGUGAUGCAUUGCAAACAGUAAUAUUUGGGUUAAAGGUCUGUUCUUUGCUGGUGGAAAAAAACCCAAAAGUUUCAGAAGAGGCAGCCAAGCAACUAGUGACCCAUUUAACCCCUCUUGUCUUUUCUUCCAGCUUCUGUUAAUUAGUAGCUGAACUCCAGCUUUUUAUCAUUCUUUUUCAUAGUAGUUUAGCUGCUAGGAGGCUCUGCAAGCUGUUGAAAAGCAGUCAGAGAUUAAUUCAAGCUCUACUCUCUUCAAUUUUGAAUGACAUUACUGAAAUAAAAGUUCUCUUUUUACCAUAUAAUUUAUUAUCUUGACUAUCAAAAGCUAGUUGUAAAUUCUGUCAUAUCAUCUUUGUUAUUUCUUUUAUUUCUUCUUUCUGAAUUUUAUUUCAGUCCCUUGAUUCCCAUUACAUGAAUUUUGUGGUGCCACUUACGGCAUAUCAGGAGUUCAUUAGUUCAAAGUAUAUAGAACACAUUUCAAGGAACUGUAUUGCAGGUUUACCACAAUCCCUGUUGGAAAAAGAAAUUGACUAAGAAUUUGACACAGGCAUGGGCUUAUGAGAACUAAAUUAAUCAGAAGCUGAAAUUCUUUACUACCUUUACUGGCUGCAAUCUUAAAUAUUCUUACCAAAAAGUACCUCAUGGGAUCCAGAUUCUAAGUAAACCUGUUCAAAAUCAAGGUGAAUGACAGGCAGAAUCCUAAGAAUUCUUUCUCAGAAAUAAGUAUUUUUGAGUAAACAGGACUUACUUCUUAGAAAGUAUGCAUAGGCUUGUAGAAUUGGAUACUUGAAAACUAGACAUUAAGUAGACAACAUAGGUUUUGUGCCUUGUGAACAGAACCUGUGUUCCUGGAAGGGAGAAAAUGUGAUUAAGUAAUCAGAGUUUCUAUAGUCGUAUCACAGGAACAAAAUUAACCUACUUGGGCAUCUGGAAAUUCCCAUGCUCAAACCAGUUUGAUCUAGCUAUUCAGAUACCAUUGGUUCAACAGCUUUUUUUCAUCAGCAUUACAGCACAAGCAUUUAAUAUUAUCCCUUAGACAUUGUGGCUGGGGUGGGAAGGAUUCCGGCUGAAAAAAUUAAUACAUGCAUGAUUGACUUUGUGUAGUUUAACCCUGUUUCUUCUUUUCACGUGGAGGGGCUAAGGCAAUAAACUGAGUUUACAUAACAAAGAAUUAAUAAGCCAUUUAUUGCAGUCUGCACAAUGUAACAUAGUCAACACUAGAAAUAUCUUUUUGGUGUAACCGUAGAUAACCGGUAUAAGACAGUCUAGAAAGUAGCCCUUCUUGAGAGAUUAAAACAAAUAAGCUGUGCUUGACAUGUGGACAGAUCAAAAAGGGUGGCUUCACCCCAUUGGUUUGGUUUUAUUACAUAUGCUAGUAUGUAUGAACAACCCCCCCCCCCCCGCCGCCUUUGGCUCAGUUUGGUUUAUUUAAACAAGAUAUUCACCUCCAUUCUGACGUUCAAUAAUAUAUCAGUACCCAAUUUUGCCUUAUUUGUAACCUAAAAAGAAAAUGAUUAAUAUCCAUAUUCAGUUGUAACACAACCACAAGGAUAUGUGACUGGACAGUUGGCUACAUGAUAUUGAAUGUUAACUGUUACUUUUAUCUUGUUUAAAUUAGUUUAUAAACCAGGAACCUAUAUUUGGACACUAACCACAAACCAAAUGUCUGAGAUAUUAUUGCAAACCUGAUAUGCUAUUUUUGUUAUCCAUGAAUGAUGAUACAAGAUGGUUUUGGUCUAUUUAUUUAUUUGGUUGGUUUAUUUAUAACUGUGGUCCUUUAUAUAAAACCCAAUAAAGAGUUGUUUAAAAAAAACCAAUACAGCCAGUGGCCAGUAAAAGAAGAAAAGUUAGACGUAUCUCUUUCUUACACUGUAAUCCUUCCCAGGAUUAAAACUACAUAAAACAAGUGAAGCAGUUUCAGGAUUGAGCUGCUAACUUGAAUUUAUUGUAGUUUGACGCUUGGAAAAUACUCUGCAUAAUACUGAAGCAUUAAGUUGGCCUUCUUCAAUUUGUGGCCUUUCAAAUGAGACAUAGCUCUCAUCAGCCCUGAUCCUCAUUACCAAUGGUCAGAGAUUAUGAAAGUUGCUGAAGAAGGCUGCCAACUUCUUGACUUUAUAAAAUGUACAUUAAUCUAAAAUAUGCUAUCUAUUAUUUGCAGCUAAUUGUUUAAAAUUCACGAACAUCAACCCCAAAUCUUGAUUUGCUUGUUGCCCCCCCCCCCAAUCCUUUUCCUUAUACAGAACAGAACUUUGCCUAUACCGGUAAUUAAAUUGAAGAUAACUUUACUGCUUAAGUGCCGGGUUAACAGAGGCUAGCCAUAAUUCCACUUUUAUAAUAGAAGGGAAACUUUUUUUCAAAAAUAUUAAAGCUGCUGUCUUUACUAACAUAUUUAUUUGUAAGAUUCCUUGUCCUUUGCCAUAAAGUCCCAGGACAGGUUGCAACAAUAUACAAUUACAAAAACAAGUAAAGCAAUUACAGUAUAAUUUUAAAAUAAGUAAAAUACAUAAUAAAGGUAGCAACCAUUUUGCACAGGGGUUCCAUUCCUGCCCCCCCCCCCACGUCAGUGGAGCCUGCAUAAGCUUGCUUUGUUCCAACCCUUGUUCUGCCCUCUUCUGCUGUCAAUCAGACGUGUGCAAAAUGGUCGCUGCCUGUACAGUUAUAAUAACCUGAACGGUACAUAUUCAACAAAAGGCAUCCACACACUUAACACCUUUUCUGCGGUGGCUCCCUGCUUGUGGAAUGCUCUCCCCAGGCAACUUCAUUACAUAGCUUACAUAUCUUUAGGUGCCAGGCAAAAACAUACCAGUACUUAUUCGUUCAGGCCUUUGGCUAAUUAGCCAAUCUAUGGCCUUUCAAACUGUUAGAGGGGGUAUUGUUUGUGUUUGUUUCUAUGUUAUGUAUUUUUGUCUUUUUUAGAUUGUGAACCUCUCUGUGAUCCUUGGGUGAAGGGCAGUAUAGAAAUUUAAUAAUUCAUUAUCAUCAUUAUCAUCAUCAUCAUCAUAUCUAGUUUCUCAUUCCCACCUGCCUCCCACUUAGGAAGUGGAAGCAGCUAAAAGUUAGGUGGAGAAAGCAGACCAUGUGUUGAAAGCUAGUAGCCUUGAAAGCAAGUGAUGCCUUAGGAAUCACAUACAUUUUUGUGCUUGAAUCGCAGAAACAAUGCACUGUGCAUUGUAAUUUAAAACAAUUUCAUAGAUUAACUAAGACUGCAACCCCAACCCCAUUUACCUACCCUAUUGAGUUCAAUAAGGUGUAUUUCUUAGUAGACAUGUUUAGGAUUGUACUGUUUAGUUUCUAGAGAUGGGCAGCCAAAUCAUAUGCAUGUUUACUCAAGAUGUAAGCUCCACCAAGUUCAGUAUGACUUGCUUCACAUAAGUGCACAGUCACACAUCAUUCUGCAGAAGUUCCAUUUAAUGCUGUGGGCUUUAUGACACACUUUGUACUUACAAAAUUUAGCUCAAAAAACAAAAUAAACUACACAUAUGUAAAUUAUUGUGUAAAAUUGUUUAGAAGAUUUGUUCUUUUUCAUGGCAGUUUAUCAGAUGACAUUUGCAAAAGCCUCUAAAUUACACAAUCUCUGCAGCUCCAAAUAGGGAUAAAAGGUAAAGGGACCCCUGACCAUUAGGUCCAGUCAUGACCGACUCUGGGGCUGUGGCGCUCAUCUCGCGUUAUUGGCCGAGGGAGUCAGUGUACAGCUUCCAGGUCAUGUGGCCAGCAUGACAAAGCCGCUUCUGGCAAACCAGAGCAGCACACGAAAACACUGUUUACCUUCCCGCUGUAGCGGUACCUAUUUAUCUACUUGCACUUUGAUGUGCUUUCGAAGUUCUAGGUUGGCAGGAGCUGGGACCGAGCAACGGGAGCUCACUCCAUCGCGGGGAUUCGAACCGCCGACCUUCUGAUCGGCAAGCCCUAGGCUCAGUGGUUUAACCCACAGCGCCACCCGCUGUGUAUUAGUAGCUGGAUACCAGCUACUAAUAUUGGCCUACCUGAAUACAUAAUAUUGGCCUACCUAUAUAGUUUGCUGUUACUUGAAAUCAGUUUUCACGGAUGUAUUGGAUAUCUAAAAUCUUACACUUCCUACCCAAUUGUGUUGGUGCUGGUACAUGAAACUCAUGCUGUGUUGCAGACGGUGUCCCUUCUUUCUGAAGUCUGGAGAGGACUUUUAAAUAUCACUUCAGUGUAUUCAGCUCCUAAUAUGUGCUAACAAUGCACUCUGAUGUCAUGGCAUACAGGAGAAAGUGCCAGGGCAGUAAUAUGCAGCCUUAGCUAGAGUCAAUACCAAAUCCUCUCCUUUAAAUUUGAAAUGGUAAUAAAUUCAGGUUUGCUAGCCUGAUAUCAUAGCUCAUUAAUGCCAUCUUGUCUGUAUUUUAUAUAGUAGUUUGAUAGUCAUUGAACUAGAAUGAAGUUUUUUAUUUGCUUAAUUUGAGCAUCUUCCAUAUUGCCUUCAACCAUCUGGAAGUAUUUGGUAAGUUUCCUUUUGCUAUAUACAAUAUUAUCAACUGCUUAUCUGAUUGGCUGUUGAUUCAUAGUCAAAAGGCCAACUGUGUGCCAUCUGAAGCAGUGAGGUUGUGUUUGCAUGUAAUACUUCAGUCAUGGAUUAAAAUGCAGCACAUAAAAAACCUAGUAAUUCAAUCAGUAAUAAUGCUGAUUAUUCCAGGCCUGCGCUAAAUGAAGUGGAUGGGGAAGACUAGCAGAUUAUAUGUCCCACCAUCUUCUGGCCACAGGGCCAGCCAACCACCACCAUUGCUGGCUGUCCGCUUACAUAAUUAGCUGGUCUGCCCACCUACUGCUGCCACUUCCCUCUACUCACUCACCUGCUUGCACCAGCUGCAGUGGCACUAGAACGCCUGGCUUCACUCUGACGAAGAGUUCCUUAGAAGAGUGCCUUGUGGAAGCAGUCACCCAGAGAGGGCUUGCACAGUUUUUGCUUCAGGAUACACAUCAACAUUUUCUUAAAACUUUAGUGUUUAGUGUUUUGGCACUCUCUGGAUGACCUCUUCCACAAUGCCUUGCUCUCCCUUUCCUCAGAGAAGCCAGAAGCAUUCUCAGGUUUGGUGAGCAAGGAAAGGAAUAUGCAAGGCAGCACAGCAGGAUUAGGAAGCUGGGCCCAGUCUUAAGUGUGCAAUGUCUCGCCCCAUUCUGGUUUCUGCUAAUGUUAGCCGAAAUCUGCUUCUCUGCAUUUUCCACCCAUCUGUUCUAAUCCCACCCUCUGGGGGGGAGCACUUAUACAUAAGAACCCUCCAGUUAUUUGAAGACCACAGUCAUGUACUCCUUUAAUCUUCUUGAGACUAAAUGUACAUACAGUAACUCAUAUCACUUAGUUACCAGACCCCUCACUAUGCUGAUCUUCCUUCUUUGGAAGCACUGUAGUUCAUAAGUGUCAUUCUUUUAAUGUGGUGCCCCCCAACUGGGCACAAUACUCCAGAUGCAACUAAGUCACAUAGGACAGGAUUCAGCCAACGAGUCCCGUCAAUGGGACAAGCGCUUCCAGUUGCUCAACAGGGCUUCUCCUCUCCUCCUCCCCAGCACCCCCAGAAUUGGCUUGGGGGGGGGAAUCAGGAGAACCACAAUUGGGCUAAAAUAUGGUUUAACUUUGCAUGCAAACACAACCCUUAAGUGUAGCUGAAGCCUGCAAUCUGCUUCAUCUCAGCGAGUAAAGUUCGCUUAGAUAACCAAGAUUCCUUCUCCUUAGUGUGCAACAAAAGCAGCCAUAAGAUUGAUGCUUACCUUAUUUUUUUGCACAUGUCUCCUAUGGGGACUCAAAUGGAUUAAUCACUUUAACAGUCUAUAGAUUUAUUUACACUUAAAUAGCUCAGUCCUGGCAAUUACUCUGGUCAUAAAUAUUAUGUUUUUAGAAGUGGUUCUGUCCUGGAGUUCAGUUAUUUAGUUUUACUAUUUAUUACAGCAUUUUUAUACUAUCAACAGCAAUUACUCUCCACACACUAUGUACCCCCCCUAUAUAUAUAUAUAUAUAUAUGGGGGGUGAACAUAAAAUGAAAAAAAAAUAUUACUCCUUUAUGGGAAAAUUCAAAUGGAUAUUUUAACACUGGCUUGUAAACAGCCACUUGCCUGAUAAUCUGUGGUGAAUAAGAAUUGCCACCAGAAUUGCUGCAUUAAGACUUUAGGUUGUUUACAGUGCAGCAUGAAUUUCCCACUCCCUAUACAAGCCCCAAAGCUUAUUCCAGGUGUUGAGGAAUCCGCAGGAAAUGGUUGGAAUUGGAGGAGGAAAAAAUGGGUAUGAAGGCAUUUUGCACAAGAAGCAUUUAUAAUUUCCUAUCUAACUGCUCUUGACUUGCUUCUUAAAUUUCUCCCAUGGUUCAGCAGUAGUGAGGACUUAAAUGGUGGGAACCCUAACUUCUUUUACUUGCCUGCUCCUUCUCUGAUUUUUGUGUGUGUAUAGGAAGCAUGCAGGAGAAGGAAUGAGAGCAAUAUAGAUCACCAUCUACCUGUCAAGACACCUCUAGGCAUACCAGAUGAAGGUGGCUACAGAACAACACGCACGAUAUGAGACAUGAGUGUUGGACGCAGAAGAUUAAAGUUGCUGGGAAUUCUAAUGAUGGUCAACUUCUUUAUAUAUGUGAUUGUGGAGGUGUCAAAGAGCAGUGGCCAAGCAAAGAAUUCAAAAAGGAAUGUUAUAAUACCACAGGCCAAAUUCUGGAGAAGAUUUGUUCCUCACAAGGCAUAUUGGAAUAAACAGCAACAGAAGUUGGAACGCUUAUCCAAUCCCAUUUUUGCAUUGCUUACAAAUAUGACAGUGGAAGAAAGCUUAUCUUCUAAUGGCAGCUUUUCAAAUGCCUGUGAUCCUGACCCAUUUGUAGCUUCACAAAUUAAUGGCUUUAAAGACUUGCCAGAUAGAUUUAAAGACUUCUUGCAUUACUUGAGAUGUAGAAACUAUUCAUUAUUAGUGGACCAACCACACAAGUGCAAACAUAAACCUUUUCUGCUUCUGGCUAUCAAAUCACUUAUUCCCCAUUUUGACAGAAGACAAGCAAUCCGACAGUCUUGGGGAAAAGAAAUUAAAUCGGGAGAUGCAACUGUUGUGAGGGUCUUCCUGUUAGGCCAGAACUCUCCGGAGGAUAACUUUCCUGAUCUUUCAGAUAUGUUGAAAUUUGAGAGUGAAACCCACCGAGAUAUUCUUUUAUGGGACUACAAAGAUACUUUCUUCAAUUUGACCCUGAAAGAGGUACUGUUUCUGAAAUGGGUGAGCAACAGCUGCCCAGAUGCACAGUUUAUUUUCAAGGGAGAUGAUGAUGUUUUUGUGAACACGCAUCAGAUUCUGGAUUACUUGAAGAGUUUAACCAAGGAUAAAGCCAAAGACUUGUUCAUAGGUGAUGUGAUCAAAGAUGCUGGACCUCAUCGUGACAAGACACUGAAAUACUAUAUCCCAGAAAGUAUUUAUGAAGGCUCUUACCCUCCAUAUGCAGGAGGUGGUGGGUUUCUCUACUCUGGUGAUCUUGCAUUAAGAUUAGCCAAUGCAUCUGACCAAGUCCUGCUCUAUCCCAUUGAUGAUGUCUAUACAGGAAUGUGCCUUCAGAAACUUGGGCUUGCUCCUGAAAAACAUAAAGGCUUCAAGACUUUUGGCAUUGAAGAGAAACACAGGGAUAAUAUUUGUUCCUACACAAAUCUAAUGUUGGUCCACAGCAGGCAACCCCAAGAAAUUAUUAAGAUUUGGACGAACUUGCAAGAUCCAGAUUUAAGUUGUUGAGUACAUAUACGUCCAAAAGUUCUCCCCAAAUUUGGGUUUAAUUUCUUGGCUAAAUGGUUAGUACUUUGAAUAUUUUGUUUUGCAAAGCAAAACUCGCUAUAAAUGGUUUGUCCAGAACUUCUAAAAGAACAAUUACAUCAGUAACAAUGCACAUCAUGAGGAUAUGGCAUGUAGAUGCAAUCCUUUCUCUUUCCAUUGCCAUGCGUUCAAUACUUUCACCCAAUAAAAAACUGAACAAGCAUACCCUCCAGAAGUUGUGAUUAAACUAUUAAUUUAAUGACCAUUUAGCUCAAAUAUUAGAAGACCUUUCCUGUUUUCUAAUUAUAAUAAUUAUUUAAUUGUGGUGAUAGAAGCUAUACACUGAUUUGUUUUCUUGAGAUAAGAUAUCUCAGAGACUGUUUUGGAACUCAAAUUCAGGAAAGUAACUUCAAAAUAAACUUGGGUAGAGUGUUCAGCUCUCAGACUCUGAGUACUCCUAUUGGAAUUAAGUUAGAAGUAAUUUAAGUUUAUGGAUUUAAAUGGACCUACUCCUGAGUAAAAUGCAACCCAUGCCACCAAACAGUGGUUUUUAUGGCUUUCCUUUUCCACUGUCUUGUUCUAUCCUCCCACUGAACAGUAUUCAGUUAAAUGUGAUGGAGAUCUGUGUAAUCUGUAUGUAACUGUGUUUAAAAUAUCAGAUGAUACAUACCUAUGGCUGAGAAGCUGUAUAGUUUAAAGUGUAUUUUGGGAGGUUAAGUGUUGCUUUGCAUCAGACCUAGCUAAUGGUCAAGCAUUUUACACUUUUUCUCAAACUGGUAUCAGACCUACACAGUCUUUUUAUUUCUACAGUAGACUUAACAUUUGCUCUGUUGUCUUUUAUGUAGUUAAAAAAAUCAGGCAACUUCACUGAUAAAAUUAACUGAUAUGUGAAUUGUUAAUUGGCUUACAAAAACUGAGCCUUCCUUACAGUCUAGGGUUAGAACCUUAUGAAAAUGUGCAGUUUCUGAGAUUCCAAAUUACUCAAGUGACCCCCUUACUGAAUAAUUAUUGAGGGUAUCUCAAAGGCACAGGUCCUAAAACACUCUAUCUGCCAUAUCUUCAUCUGUGUUGUAUCAGACAAUUAUUCAAAACAACGACUGCUUUCUUUAUAUACGUAGAAGUGCCUGUAUUUAUUGUUCAGAUGGAAGACCAAAACAUUUUCUUAAAUAUAUUUAAGAAAUAUUUGUAUAGUGUUGUCAGUCAUAUUUAAAUAGAGUAAACUAUUUUAAACGUGUUGAAAUAUAAAAAGUUAAAUAAAGUUAAUUGUUUUUGAAUUUCAAAAAGUA